GCUAUUUCGACCGUAUCUUUUCCGGUGUUAAUUUUUUCUAUCCUAAUCCUUCCGAAAAUUUAUAUAGAAAUUGCUGUAUUGGAGGGCUUUCAAACAAAAUAACUGGCGUCUUUAUGCUAAAAUGGAGAGAAAAGAUAAGCAGCCAAACCGAACAGAAAAAGCUUUAGAACCCUCAACAACCAACUCAGAAAACACAGUUUCUGGUGAUGAAGCAAAAGAAGAAGUUGAUCUAGGUUCAUCAUCUGGAGAAAAGGUGACCCCUGUAACAGUGGAGAAAUGUAACACUGUGGAUCCAGCAUCCAUUCAUGACCAUGAUACAGAGGGUGUCAGUCUUCUCUUAGGUAUGAGAGACAGCAUUAUUGCUAGUGAAGAGAAGGCAAAUUUAGAGAAAAACAAACUAAAGAGAGGUGGGGGUGCUUUAAAUGAGCAUGAGUAUUUUUCACCAACAAAACAAGUGAGGAAGACCCUGGACACAGAAGAAGCUUCAACCAGUGAUGAGGACAUAGACCAGGAAGACAAGACACCUAAUGAAGAAGUUAGCUCUAAUAACCAGGAUGUAAAUUGUGUUAUAGACCAUGUGGAUGAAACUGCCAAUAAAGAGGAAGAGGAAGUUGCCAAAGUGGUGCGCACUGAAGAAGUUACGACAGUGGAUGAGGACAGCCAUGAACCAGUGUACAAGUGUGCAUUUUGUGACCAGUUCCACACCAAGUCCGAGCUGAAGAAACACAUUCAGAAGCAUGUUGGGGACAAGCCCUAUCACUGUGACCACUGCUCCAAGACUUUCAGUGGGCGGGGACCACUUCAGAGCCACCUGCGUAUCCACAACCGUUCGACGGCCGUCAAGUGCACUGUCUGUAAUGAGGCUGUGCGAGACAAGAGUGCGCUGUCAGCUCAUAUGAAGAUUCACAUCACCAAUCCUCCUUAUAAAUGCUGGUUCUGUAGUCAAACCUUUAUCAAGAAUGAACACCUUCAAAAUCACCUCAGGAUACAUGCAGGGGAAAAACCUUACAAGUGUGAGGAAUGUGGGAAGUCGUUCAGCUACUCCUCUAAUUACAAAGUUCAUGUUCGACUCCACACUGGGGACCGGCCCUACAAGUGUGGGGUGUGUGAUGAAACCUUCCGACAACUGCACUCCCUCAAAGCUCAUCAGAGCAAACACACAGGAGAAAAGCCUUACAGGUGUGGUAUCUGUGACAAACAGUUCCUCCACAAAAGAAGCCUGCAGUUUCAUCUCCGCAUUCACUCGGCCGAUUGUGAAAUCGAGAAAAUGCAUGCAGAGGAUAUUCCAGGUCGAUGUGAUGCUUGUAAAACCCUAUUCACUGCCAAAAUGGACCUGCUCCGUCGGAUAAAAAUCAACUCUGGGGAGCGGCCUUAUGGAUGUAGGGAAUGUGGAGAGUGCUUUCUGGAGGCGGAUGCCCUUAAAUCUCAUUUCAGACAACAUGCCAAAGAGAGUACUAAAGGAUGCCUGAUUUGUGGAAAAGGGGAUGAAGGAGUCACUCCUAAGAAUGCAUACUUAGACAUACAUAAACAUAUGAAAACAAUGAGGCUUCAGUUAAGAGGUUUCAAAAGAGGUUUCAAAAGAGAAGUUUCUCUGAUGAAAAAGGAGAUUGGCAUGAUGAAGAAAUCAGAUGAAGACAGUAAUGAGGAGGAGUGUGUUUCCCCGGAGAUCAAGUUUGAUGAGGAAAAUGAAUUGAGAGAAGAGAAACUGGACCAUCAAAUCAUUUCACAUGAGGAGGUGGUAAAUUGAAAGUAGGACUAAUUGUAUCAAAGUUGUAUAUAUUUUACUUGUAGUUAUUGUUAGAUAUUUUAUAAAUUCCACUUAUCUUUUCGAAGGGAAGAUUCUUUUCAUAACUGCAUUAGAACAGGCAUUUAUUAACACUGAACAAUAGUAAUGAACAUGCAAGGGAAUUACAUUUAGUUUAAUGAAAGGCAACAGAAAUGCAUUCAACUUGUUUUUGAGCUUUAAUUGAUUCUCUUGUACAUGUAUCUUGUUUUGAAAGGUUGAUUAAAUAAUAUCAUAUGGCAAAGACAUACAUUGAUCUCUUCAUAAAAAUUUUUUUCCCACAAUUUGAAGAAAAAAAACCCAUUUUAUAGGCAUGUGCAAAGUAAUCAAGCUUUUAACAUUUAUGAACAGUACUGGUUGAUCAUUCCUGAUAAUUGACAUACAUUUUCAUCAGUGGAAAAAAUUCAGUGUAAUAUAUUUAUUGUAUAUUGCAUAUAUAACAGUACAUGCACCAGAACAUAUACCAUCAGCCCCAACAAAAUACAGGGUGUCAAUACAUUUAUACAUGUAGUAAACAUGACAUUUAUCCUGAUUGAAUAAAAUGUAUUGAUUAUUGAAAACAAUGUUUAAACCAACUUACUUGAAUUCGAUUUAUAUAUUUAUGUAUGUAAAUUAUUGACUAUUAACCUGUAAAGAAGAUAACAAAUGAUAGUGCUAAAGAUAAAUAUUUUGUAGAUUUUACAUACUAGUACUUACAUAUAAUGUGUAUUUGGUGUAUUUUCAAUGUUAUUCUCUGCAAUACAAAAUGCAUUGAAAUAAUCAAUAUACCGUAUAUUCUGGUUUUCUGUUACAAUGAUUCUCUGUUAUAAUCCAAUAACAAACAGAAGUGUUGAACUUCCUUUGAAUUAUUAGGACUUCAAUCUGUAGAGUUUAGUUUUCUCUGCAUGUCUUACAUCUAAAACGAGGACAUACAAUAUGUACAUGGCUGUUAUUAUAAAAUUUUCAUUAUUGUUAACACAUGAAAUUAAUUUGAAAGGGAUAAAUAUAUGCAUUGGUUUUCUUUCUUUUAAUUGGUUUGCUGUUUUAUGACAUAAAUCAGAUUCUUGUAUAAUCAUUCUUUGCUUUAUGCAUGCAUGUUUAGUGAUAGAAUGUAACGUUACAAGAAAUAAAUUGUUUCAAAUUC